UGAACUUAAUGCCAGUUUGAUUUGUGUCUGUUUUAACGUCAUAAAAACAGCAAACAAACAACAUGGAUGUUGAGGAACUAUUAGCUUUUCAGCCUGACAAACCUAGUGUGUUGAGGAAACGUAGAGCAGAAGACGAUUACAGUGAUGAUGAUGCAGAAGAGCACCUUGUUGCGGAGAAGAAGCCUAGGGAUAGGGAGCCAAAAUCUGGUGGCAUCACAGAGGAACAGCGUGAGAGGAUACUGGAGAUGGUUGAAAAUGAGGCAGAUGGAGAAAUUAUGGAUGACACAAACCUGAAGAAGCUUGUGCUGAAAUUUGAGAAAAGUGUUUACAAAAAUCAGGAGAUGCGAAUCAAGUUCCCAGACAUGCCAGAGAAGUUCAUGGAGUCCGAGGUGGAACUGAAUGACGUGGUACAGGAGAUGCAUGUGAUAGCCACUGCCCCUGAGCUGUAUCACAUCCUUGUUGAACUCAACACGGUGCAGUCCUUGCUACAACUGCUGACACACGAGAAUACUGACAUCUCCAUAGCAGCAGUGGAUCUUAUGCAAGAGCUUACAGAUGUUGACACACUGAACGAAAGUGAGGAAGGAGCAACAGCCCUUAUUGGAGCACUGUUAGAGGGGCAAGUGGUUGCACUGUUAGUACAGAAUCUUGAGAGACUCGAUGAAAACGUGAAGGAAGAGUCAGACGGAGUUCAUAACACUUUAGGUAUAAUAGAGAACAUGGCUGAGUUCCGCCCAGAGAUGUGUACAGAUGCUGCCCAGCAGGGGCUUCUGCAGUGGCUUCUAAAGCGAAUAAAGGCUAAGAUGCCAUUUGAUGGUAAUAAACUGUAUGCAACUGAAAUUCUGGCAAUACUAUUACAAAACAGUGAUGACAACAGACAGAUUCUGGGGGAUAUAGAUGGAAUAGAUGUGAUUCUACAACAGCUUGCUUGGUACAAGCGUCACGACCCGGUGUCAAAGGAGGAGGUAGAGAUGAUGGAAAACAUCUUCAACUGCCUCUGUUCCUGCCUCAUGACCCCUAUCAACAGAAACAGGUUCCUCAAGGGAGAGGGGCUUCAGCUUAUGAACCUCAUGUUACGAGAAAAGAAGAUGUCACGCAAUUGUGCCAUCAAGGUUCUGAAUCACGCAAUGACGGGGGUGGAGGGGACGGACAACUGUCAGAAGUUUGUGGACAUUCUGGGCCUGCGUACGGUGUUCCCAUUGUUUAUGAAGACCCCUAAACAGGGCAAGGCAGGCCCCCCUCCUGAGGAGAUAGAGGAACACAUCUGUGCCAUCAUCAGUUCUAUGCUGAGGAACUGUCAGGCCACUCAGAGACAGAGGCUGCUGAACAAGUUCACAGAAAACGACCAUGAAAAGGUUGAAAGACUGCUGGAGUUGCACUUUAAGUACCUGGAUAAAGUGCGAGCUGUGGAUGACCAAAUUGAGCGCGAAAAAAAUAGACUGAAGUAUCUAGGGCAGGAAGUGGAUGAAGACCUCGAGGACAGUUUCUACCUGCGCAGGCUUGACGCUGGUCUCUUCACCCUUCAGCUCAUAGACUAUGUUCUCCUGGAAAUCUCUGUCACUGGACCUUCAAGUAUUCAGUCCCGGGUCAUGCAGAUUCUCAACAUGAGAGGAGGGUCUGUGAAAUCUAUCAGGAGCAUCAUGAGAGAAUAUGCGGGCAACAUUGGAGAUGCCAAGGACCCCGAGACAAGAGAGCAGGAACAGAACCACAUCAUGCAGCUCAUUGACAAGUUCUGAAAAGGCUGUGAGGGAAGUUGGGCUGUCAAUAAGUGUCGUUUUUGUGGUUAAUUUAGAAAACUUUUUAUCUCAUAGACAAAAUGUGAACAGGCGGAGAGAGUUAUGGGACUGACGAGACUUCACCAGUAACGUGAUGAGUGUUGAGUUUGUUGCAAACGGAGAGAAAACUUUAUUUAUCUCCACAUUGGAUGAGCUAUCAACCAUAGAUCCACAAUUGUCGAUACGGAAUCACUGGUGUUUAAUAAAGAGAUAGUAGAAUUUCCGUUUUCUUCUCAAUGGUUGAUCCAUUGACCAUAUGUUUACAAUUGUUGGUACGGAAUCAGUGUUAUUUAAUAAGAGGAAGUAUUAUUUCUGUUUUCUCAACAAUGGAUCAUCAAUGAACAUUAAAUAUACAAUUGUCGUUAUGGAAUCAGUGGUGUUAAACAAGAGCUUGAA